CCAUCAACAAAAGCCAUUGCGCAUUUGCACUCCCGGAAGAAAAGAUAAAUCGAACAAUAAUACCAUUGGAGUUUGGAGAAGCGCGCACGGAUUUCCAACACUCGCCGGCCGGGAAACAUGACUUCACCGGAGAUUCCCGAUGCCGGUAUGCUCCCCGGCGGCCAGCGGUCCACUUUCUCCACCACUUGCCACCGCUUGAGCCAGUACUUAAAGGAGAAGGGCUCCUUUGGCGAUCUCACCCUCGCCCUUGCCCCGAAUCCCGUCUCCUCUUCCGGAACUCCGAGAGAGACCAUGGAUCUAUUGCCGAUGAUUGAGAAAUCCGGGCAAAAAUCGCACACCUUGUUUCCCGACAGGGAAGAGGAAAGAGCCAAGGCGGAGCCCCAGAAGAAGGCACAGAUGACCAUUUUCUACGGCGGGCAGGUGAUUGUGUUCAACGACUUCCCGGCGGACAAGGCCAGAGAAAUCAUGCUUCUUGCUAGCAAAACCAUGGCGCCUUCUAAUAAGGCUGCGGCCCCUUGUUUUGGGAACCAGAGACCUCCUCAGCCGCCUAAUGUCUCUGACUUGCCUCUAUCAAGGAGGGCAUCCCUGACCCGGUUUUUGGAGAAGAGAAAAGAUAGAAUUGUGUCUAUGAGUCCAUAUGCACUGGUGAACCAAAAAGGAGCCAAUUCAUCAUCAUCAUCAUCUUCUAAGGCGGAAGUAGAGAGGAGCAAGGGAUGGCUGGAUUUGGGUGUCCAUUUUCCUAUGAAAAUCGAGCAAUAAUUAAUUAUAGAGCCUUUUAUUAUUACUCUCAGGGUAUAUAGGGAGGAUUGGUGCAUGGCCUUCCUUGUACUACUGUUAGUUAGCUUCAUUUGCCCCCUUUUUUGUGUGUGUGUGCUUGAUUAUUACCACAUAAACUUUGGCUCCAAAUCCCCAUCUGGUCCAACAACUUGACUGGUUUUACUCUGGGUAUUAGUUAGUUGAUGUAAUCAAGCUGUUAGAUCAUUUCUACUUCUGCUCAUUAUAUGCAUAGUCAUCCGGAGAUAUCCCAUUAUUCUAAAGUGUGAUGGAUGAAUUAUUGUUGCUGUUUUAGCUUGUGAUCUGUUGAUUUGUUCAUCCCACAGCGGCAAUGCAGCCUUAUACUGUGCUGUUAUUUAAUAGCUUGGGUAACUCAAUU